AUGUACUCGGCGAACGCGAGGACAGGAUGCUCGACCACAGCCGGUUGCCGCCCGGCCCAUCCGCCUCCUGGCCCCGCGCCCGACUUCCGCGGCUUCCGCGCGGCCAACCCCGAGCUCAGCCCCUCUGCAUCGGCCCGCACCUCCACAAGCAUGUGCCCCGGCCGUCGCCUGCGCCCGCCGGCUCCGGAUCCCCACCGGGUCGCCUCCGGCCGCGGCCGGGUGCCCCGCACCAACCGGCUCCGGGUCGCAUCCGCCUGCGGCCGGGCGCUCGCUCCGGCCGUCUCCGGGUCCCCGCCGGGUCGCCUCCGGCCCACCCUCACGCCGGCCUCUCCACCUCCUGUGCCGGCUCCGGUGGCCGCCCCGUCCGUCACCCCGGCCGCCAGCUCCGCAGGCCGGCCCGACCAACCGCCGUCUCCCCCCUCGACCCGGCCUGCCGGCUGUGCCUGCGCCGGCUUCUGCCGUGUCCGCGCUCGCCGGCUCCGCGCGACGCGGCCGCGCGCCGGUUCCGCGCGACUCGGCGCCGUCCGGCGUCCCCGGCGGCCUCCCACGCUGGCUGGCUCGCGCCCGCACGGCCGGCUCCGCCGCUUGUCAGCCCUGCCCGGCGACCCGGCCGCUUGCCGGCCCCGCCCGCAUCCCGGCUAG